AUGCAGCUUCUUUCAGUCAUUGCCGUGUGCGGCCUCGCAGCCAGUGUCUCCGCUCGGAGCGCUCGUUCCGUUGGCAGGAAGGUGGAAUUUCCUCGCCCUCGCGUCGGUAUCCCGAUGCAGAAUGUGCACCCUCACAAGCGUCAGGCUGCUCAGAUCAUAAACACUGAGGCUUCCAAGGCCUUUGCUGUCAAUGGCACUGCAGGAGCCAUUCCCGAAGUCUACUUCGAUAUUGGCGAGUCUUAUGCUGGUCUUCUUCCUAUUAGCAAAGCUGCCAAUGAGUCUCGUGAGCUCUACUUUUGGUUCUUUCCUUCGGAGAACCCAGAUGCUAGUGACGAAAUCACCAUCUGGUUGAACGGCGGCCCCGGUUGCUCUUCUCUUGAAGGAUUUCUCCAGGAAAACGGUCCUAUCUCGUGGCAAUACGGCAGCGGUCCAGGACCCGUCUACAACCCAUGGAACUGGGCGAACCUCACCAACAUGGUCUGGGUCGAGCAGCCCGUCGGCACUGGCUUCUCCCAGGGAAAGCCCACUGCUACUAGUCAAGAGGAGACUGCCGAGGAGUUCCUCGGUUUCUUCAAGAACUUUGUCGACACUUUCGGUCUGCAGAACCGCAAAGUGUACAUUACUGGCGAGUCAUACGCCGGCCGCUACGUUCCCUACAUCGCCGACGCCAUGCUGAGCAAGAACGACUCGACAUACUACGACGUCAAGGGUGUCAUGUUUUACGAUCCCAGCGUAGCUGAGGAUGGUCUCCUCACCGACAUCCCCGCAGUCCCCUACGUCGACCAAUGGGCCGGUCUCUUCAACUUCAACCAAAGCUUCAUGGACGACAUCCACGCCCGCGCCGACGCCUGCGGUUACACCGAUUACAUGGAGAAAUACCUCACAUUCCCUCCUACGAGCAAGUUUCCCACCCCAGCCAACAACUCCGACACACCAGGCUGUUCCCUCUGGCAAGACAUCUUCGACGCCGUCUUCUACACAAACCCCUGCUUCGACGUCUACGCAAUCGCAACCACCUGCCCUCUCCUCUGGGAUCCCCUCGGCUUCCCCGGCUCCUUCGACUAUCUGCCUCCCCGCACAGAAAUCUACUUCAACCGCAGCGACGUCCAAGCCGCCAUCAACGCGCCCAUCCAGCCCUGGGCCGAGUGCUCCAACGGCGUCCUCGACACCGACACCUCCCCACCCUCAUCCUGGGAAGUCAUCCCCCGCAUCAUCGACGCCCUCGACCGCACCAUCAUCGCCCACGGCGAACUCGACUACGUCCUGCUGCAUAACGGCACGCUCAUGGCCAUCCAGAACAUGACGUGGGGCGGCCUUCAAGGCUUCCAGAACCCCCCUACUGACGAUUUCUACGUCCCAUACCACACCGAUUUGAGCCAGACGAGUUUGAGCGCAAAGGGAUUGAUGGGCAAGACGAUUACAGAGCGCAAGCUUACGUAUGUGCAGCAGGCGCUUAGUGGACAUAUGGUGCCGCAGUAUCAGCCCAGCAGCGCGUAUAGGCAGUUGGAGUUUUUGCUGGGUAGGGUCGAGAGUUUGACGAGUAGGGAGAGUUUUACGACGCUGCCGAAGAGUGUGCAGAAUAAUGGGACGAGUGUGGGUGUCAUGAGGGAGUUUAAGAGGUGGCUUUGA